CUUCUUUCCACACGAGGCGCUCGCGGGCUCCGACAGGAAGCAUCCCGUCGGGGGGCAGCGCGCUCCGAGCUCGCUGCUCUCCGGCUUCCGCAGCAGCAGCCGUGCCCCGGAACCUUCGGCCGCGCGCUCGCGCCGACCCGCCGGCACCCAGCCCGCAGCGCCGCGCCUGCACGAGAGGGCCUGCUUUCCAGUGGUGUGAUAAAGUAAGGCACCGUCAGGACGAAAUCAGAAGAGAAUGGAAGGGCUUCAGAGGAGCAGAUACGGAACUAUGGCUGAAGGUGCAAUAGAACCUGAGCGCUUUGCAACCUCGUCCUCUCUGAGGAUCAUCCUGGUGGGUAAAACAGGCAGCGGGAAAAGUGCCACCGGGAACAGCAUCCUGUGCCAGCCAGCGUUUGAGUCCAGGCUGGCGACCCAGUCGGUGACCAGGAAGUGUCGGGGGGCAACGGGCACGUGGAACGGGAGGAGCAUCCUGGUGGUGGACACGCCCCCCAUCUUUGAGGCGAGGGCCCAGGACCAAGAGGUGUACGAGAACAUCGCGGACUGCCACCUGCUCUCGGCCCCGGGGCCUCACGUGCUGCUGCUGGUGACCCAGCUGGGGCGCUUCACAGAGCAGGACGUGGUGGCCGUGACCGGGGUGAAGGAGGUCUUUGGGGCGAGAGCCCUGAGACAUACGGUCCUCCUCUUCACGCACAGGGAGGACUUAGCGGACGGGUCCUUGCAUGACUACGUAGCAAACACAGACAACCUCAGGCUGAGGGGCCUGGUCCGGGAGUGCGGGCAGAGGUACUGCGCCUUCAACAACCGGGCCUCCGGGGACGAACAGAGGCAGCAGCUGGCCGCGCUGGCGGCCGUGGUCGAGGGGCUGCAGAGGGAGCACCGGGGCGCCUACCUCAGCAACGACCUCUUCUUUGAUGCCCAGCGGCUCCAGCAGGGCGGGGGCGACCCCCGUGGAGAAGGUCACGUGCGCUACCUGGCCAGGGUGCGGUCGCACGUGGCAAAGCAAAGGCGAGACCUGAGAGAGGCCCAGAGGAACCGUGUCUUCAAGGCGCUCCUCCAAGUCAAAACCUGGGUCGUUUCUCACCUCAGAAUAUCUGCUGUUCUUGUUAUAUGCUUUUUGAGUUUUCUUGCCGUUUUAAUUAGCUUGUGUAGCACUCACGAAUGCUGAGCAUUCUCAGAUGAUAACCUGCCAUCAGCUUCCAUUUUUCAGAGUCGGCAUCUUUGUCUAUAUUGAUAAGGAACUUUAUUCGCUUUUUACAUAAUUUCACUUUCAAUUUCCCUUCCUUGCAUCAGACACACCGUCCAUUUUCUUCAGCUGCACUUUAGGUAAAUAAA